GUGGUGACCGGGGCUUCGGCUGGCAUCGGAGCAGAAACAGCGCGCCGUCUUCUCCUGGCUGGGGCUGAGGUGGUGCUGGCUUGUCGAACCACCAGCAAAGCAGAGGCGUUGCUGGACCAAUGGCGCCAGACCCAUGGCCCGCUGCCCAAUGCGCACGUCAUGGCUCUGGACCUCUGUUCCUUUGAUGCCGUGGACGCCUUUGCAAAGGAUUUUACGGCUCGAUUCCCACGCCUAGAUGUGCUGAUUAACAAUGCUGGAGUAUAUCACAUGGGCACGUCUGAGCGACGUCAAACACCCGAUCGAUACGAAGAGCACCUACAGGUCAACUUUUUGAGUCCGGUGCUGUUGACGAACCGGCUUCUGGGCUCACUGCGCAAUGCUCCAUCGCCUCGCGUGCUGUUUGUGGCAAGCUCCAUCCACAAGCUCGGCGGAUACAAUUGGGACGACUUUAACAUCACUCGGCGACCCUAUUCAUCUUUUUUGGCUUAUGCCGACAGCAAGCUCUACACGGCAAGAUCUUUCCCCUGA